AUGGCGGCUGUCCCAGCAUCGCGGACCGAUCCUCCGGCAAUGAUGCCGACGCAGCUCCUCAUCUCCGACUACUUCGCCAAGGACGCCGUACUCGCCUGGUUCCGCGGCGAGUUUGCCGCUGCCAACGCUAUCAUCGACGCGCUCUGCAGCCACCUCGCGCAACUUGCCGAUGUCUCCCCCGAUAAUUAUGACGCCACCUUCGCGGCCAUCCACCACCGCCGCGUCAACUGGAUCCCUCUCAUUCAGAUGCAGAAGUACCACUCCAUCGCUGACGUCACUCACGAGCUCCGACGAGUCGCGGACAGGAAAAGGGAGACCCAAGGCACCAGGAAGAAUGAGACUAGCUUCCACGAGGAACAGAAAUUGGAGAAGGAAACCGUGGAAACUGAUAGAAAUGAAGGUGGAGAAGCUGGACCGGAGUAUGAUUCGCCGGACAGUGAAAUUACUGACUCAGCCGGUUGCAUUAUUAUGGCUGUUGUUGUUGACGUCACAUUUUUUGUGGUCUGGCGUGCAGGAUCUCAGGAAAUGCAACCCAGUGUCCUGAACAAUAAUAUAUGUUCCAAUCAUGAAGAAUGUGAAGGACGUACAUCGCAGAUAAAGCUGACAAAGGGUUUCACAGCAAAGGAGCCCGUAAAGGGACAUAUGGUGAAUGUUGUGAAAGGAUUGAAGUUGUACGAGGACGUUUUUUCUGAAUCAGAAAUCUGCAAGCUGACUGAUUUUGUGAAUGAUAUUCAUGCUGCUGGCCAGAACGGGGAACUCUCAGGCGAAACCUUUAUACUAUUCAACAAACAGAUGAAGGGAAACAAGAGAGAGCUGAUUCAGUUGGGAGUUCCGAUAUUUGGACAGAUAAAGGACGAUACCAAAAGCAAUAUAGAGCCGAUUCCUGCACUUCUCCAUGAUGUCAUUGAUCACCUUAUUCAAUGGAAAUUAAUUCCAGAGUACAAAAGGCCAAAUGGUUGUAUCAUCAACUUUUUUGAAGAGGAGGAAUUUUCUCAACCAUUCCUGAAACCACCGCAUUUGGACCAACCUCUAUCCACACUUCUUCUCUCUGAGUCAACAAUGGCUUUUGGGCGUAUCCUUGUCAGUGAAAAUGACGGGAACUACAAGGGGCCACUAAUGCUCUCAUUGAAGGAGGGGUCUCUUAUAGUGAUGAGGGGAAACAGUGCUGACAUGGCAAGGCACGUAAUGUGUCCAUCCCCUAACAGAAGGGUGAGCAUCAGCUUCUUUAGAGUGAGGCCAGACUCCAAUCAAUGUCAAUCACAGACUCCUACCAUGACAACUGCGAUGGCUCUCUGGCAACCUGGCAUUACUAGCCCAUAUACUAUGCCAAAUGGAGCACUAAGUGGCUAUGAGGUAAUGGAUAUGAUGCCUAACUGGGGAGUAUUUGGUGCUCCAAUGGUUAUGCUACCCCCUAUGCGCCCUAUGGCAGUGAACUCUCGCAAACUUCCCCGAGGUGGAACUGGGGUUUUCUUGCCUUGGAAGGGAGCACCGAGAAAACACGCAAGGCAUCUACCACCGCGUGCCCAAAAAGGACGACUAAUGGAAUUACCUUCCCCAGUUGAAUCACACUUGGGAGAGGCUACUUCUGAACCCAGUAUUGCUGUUGAAGGGUAA